AUGGUGCCGAAAAGCACUAUGGUUUGUGUGGGCAACAGUGAGUAUAUGUGCAGUGGCGCCUUCCUGCCCACUCAGCUGCACCAGCAGGAUGCUCUCAAGGCAGUGCGUCACUCAAAGACCCCCAGCAACCCUGAGAGCAACAUGGGCCUCAUCACACUGGCCAGUGACUGUGAAGUGCUGACCAUCCUCGCCCCGGACACCGGCUGCAUCCUCUCCAAGCUCCACACUGUCAACCAACCCAAGGGCAAGGUCACCUUCUGCACUGGUAUCCAUGUGGCCCACGUGGCUCUGAAUCAGAGAGAGGGCAAGAAUCACAAGAUGUUCAUCAUUGCCUUUGUGGGGAGCUCUAUGGAGGACAAUGAGAAGAAUUUGGUGAAACUGGCUAACCACCUUAAGAAAGAGAAAGUGAAUGUUGGUACCAAUUUUGGGGAAGAAGCGGAGAACACAGAGAGGCUCACAGCCCUGGUGAGCACACUGAAUGGCAAAGAUGGCACCAGUUCUCAUCUGGUGACAGUGCCUCCUGGGCCCAGAGCUGGUGCGCUCCUCAGGUCUCCCAUUCUGGAUGGCAAGGGUGCCAUGCUGGGGCUUGGUGCCAGUGACUUUGAAUUUGGAGUGGAUCCCAGUGCUGAUCCUGAGCUGGCCCUGGCCCUUCAUGUUUCUGUGGAAGAGCAGCAGCAGCAGCGGGAGGAGGAAAUGGGGGAGGCAGCCACAGCCUCUGCAGCUGAGGCUGGGAUCGCUACCACGGGGACUGAAGACUUCGACGAUGCCCAGCUGAAGAUGACCACUGGCCAGCAGGAGUUUAGCUGUACCGGACUCCCUGAUAACAGCAGUAUAACAGAGGAAGAGAGCACUUAUGCCACGCAGAUGUCCCUGCAUGGAGCACAGUUCAGUCAGGCAGAGUCAGCUGGCAAGGAUGCCAGUUCAGCCAAGGGCACCUCCAAGCCAGCCAAGGAGGGUGAUAAUGAGGUGAUGCAGGACCCAGAGUUCCUUCAGAGUGUCCUAGAGAACCUUCCAGGCAUGGAUCCUAACAAUGAAACCUUCGGAAGUGCCAUGGGCUCCCUGGCCUCCCAGGCCACCAAGGAUGGCAAGAAGGACAAGAAGGAGGAAGACAAGAAGUGA